UCCUCUCUCUUUCAAUCCCUUUUCUCUCUCUCUCAUUUUUAGGGUUUUCAACUCUGCUUUUCUGCUGAUCGUUUGCUUAGAUCUGUACUGUUUCUACUCCGAUCUCUGCCGAUUUUUAGGCUGUCAUAAUGGUGAGGAAGAAGAGAAGUGAUGCUUCUGGUGGAGGGGAGGGCUCUGAGUCUCAGGAGGCUGGUUCGGGACGAGGCAGUGGUGCCCAAAGGCCACCAGCACAACAACAGCAACAACAGCAGCAGCAAGGUGGUUAUCAGGGAAGAGGACAAGCUGGUUAUCAAGGACGAGGGCAGGCAGGUUAUCAAGGAGGACAAGGUGCUUACCAAGGUGGACAAGGUGCUUACCAAGGUGGAGGACAAAGUGCUUAUCAAGGUGGACAGCCUCAAGGAGGAAGAGGUUGGGUUCAGAGGGGUGGUUAUGGUGGUGGCGGUGGAGGCCCACAGCGCGGUGGCGCUUCUCAGCAGUAUUAUGGGGGACCUCCUGAUCAACCUCAACAAGGUCAGCAGCAGAAGCCUCCAAGAGGAACUGCACCACCUCAGCGCCGUGGAGGAGGUGAUGUUCGUGGUGGAUCUGGACCUACAUAUGCUGGUGGAUCUUCUAGGCCAUCAGUUCCCGAGCUGUACCAAGCAACACAGGCUCCUCAGCAGCCUGUGGUCACACUGCAGCCUAUGCCACAUGGGAAACCAGCUGAAGUGCUUCAUGCAGAGUCGUCUUCUAGUUCAUCUACCAACCAGAUGGUAGAUGAGUCAAUGACUCAGUUUCAGCAGCUCACUUUUCAGGAAGAAGAGCCCAUUCAGGGCGCACCUGCUUCCAGCAAAUCCAUGAGGUUUCCUUUGCGUCCAGGAAAGGGUAGCUCAGGAACUAGGUGCAUUGUGAAGGCAAACCACUUUUUUGCUGAAUUGCCUGACAAGGAUUUACACCAGUAUGAUGUGACAAUCACGCCUGAGGUGACCUCUCGUGGUGUGAACCGUGCUGUAAUGGAACAAUUGGUGAAAUUGUACAGAGAUUCUCAUCUUGGGAAGAGGCUUCCUGCAUAUGAUGGAAGAAAGAGUCUGUAUACAGCUGGUCCUCUCCCUUUUGUUUCAAAGGAGUUUAAAAUUAUUCUUGUUGAUGAAGAUGAUGGAACAGGCGGUGCUAGGAGAGAGAGAGAUUUUAAAGUUGUGAUUAAAUUGGCUUCACGUGCGGAUUUGCAUCACCUGGGAAUGUUUUUGCAGGGGAAGCAAGCAGAUGCGCCACAAGAAGCACUUCAGGUUCUGGAUAUUGUUCUACGAGAGUUGCCUACUAAUCGAUAUUGUCCUGUGGGACGGUCAUUUUAUUCUCCUGAUCUGGGUCGUAGACAAUCACUGGGUGAGGGGUUAGAAAGUUGGCGUGGUUUCUAUCAGAGCAUACGACCUACACAGAUGGGGCUUUCUCUAAAUAUUGAUAUGUCUUCAACUGCUUUCAUCGAGCCACUGCCUGUGAUUGACUUUGUCACACAGCUUCUGAAUAGAGAUGUUUCAGCAAGACCAUUAUCUGAUGCUGACCGGGUGAAGAUCAAAAAGGCAUUGAGAGGAGUUAAGGUUGAAGUUACUCACCGUGGAAAUAUGCGACGGAAGUAUCGCAUAUCUGGUUUAACAUCUCAGGCAACACGAGAGUUGAACUUUCCAGUUGAUGACAGAGGCACAAUGAAAUCUGUAGUUGAAUACUUCCGGGAGACCUACGGAUUCACCAUCCAACAUAUACAAUGGCCGUGCCUGCAAGUUGGAAAUACUCAAAGACCAAAUUAUUUGCCUAUGGAGGUCUGUAAGAUCGUGGAGGGGCAGAGGUAUUCAAAGAGGCUGAAUGAGCGACAAAUUACAGCCCUUCUCAAAGUUACAUGUCAACGCCCUCAGGAAAGAGAGAUGGAUAUCUUGAAGACAGUCAGUCACAAUGCUUAUGGUCAGGAUCCUUAUGCCAAGGAGUUUGGGAUAAAAAUUAGCCAGAAGCUAGCCUCGGUUGAAGCUCGAAUAUUGCCUCCUCCCUGGCUUAAAUACCAUGAUACAGGCCGUGAAAGGGACUGUCUGCCUCAAGUGGGCCAAUGGAAUAUGAUGAAUAAGAAAAUGGUGAAUGGUGGAACAGUCACUAGCUGGAUCUGCAUAAAUUUUGCACGCAAUGUACAAGACAACAUUGCUCGUGCUUUUUGUCAAGAGCUUGCUCAAAUGUGCAAUACUUCUGGCAUGGCAUUUAAUCCUGAGCCUGUGCUUCCGGCACUCAGUGGUCGUCCUGAUCAGGUUGAGAGAGUCUUGAAAGCUCGUUUCCAUGAUGCCAUGACAAAACUUCAGCCCCACAAAAAGGAACUUGAUUUGCUAAUUGUCAUUCUGCCAGACAACAAUGGCUCACUUUAUGGUGACCUGAAAAGGAUAUGUGAGACUGAUCUCGGCAUUGUUUCUCAGUGCUGUCUGACGAAGCAUGUCUUCAGGAUGAGUAAGCAGUAUCUUGCAAAUGUGGCGUUAAAGAUCAAUGUUAAGGUUGGAGGAAGGAACACAGUUCUUGCUGAUGCAUUAUCAAGGCGAAUACCGAAUGUUAGUGAUGUUCCAACGAUCAUAUUUGGGGCUGAUGUCACACAUCCACACCCAGGAGAAGAUUCUAGCCCGUCAAUUGCAGCUGUUGUGGCUUCCCAAGAUUGGCCUGAGAUUACGAAGUAUGCGGGAUUGGUUUGUGCCCAAGCCCAUCGUCAAGAACUCAUCCAAGAUCUAUUUAAGGAAUGGCAGGAUCCCAAUAGAGGCAAAGUAUCUGGUGGCAUGAUCAAGGAACUCCUCAUAUCAUUCCGUAGAGCAACUGGGCAAAAACCACAGCGUAUCAUCUUCUACAGGGAUGGUGUCAGUGAAGGGCAGUUUUAUCAAGUUCUACUUUAUGAGCUUGAUGCAAUCCGCAAGGCUUGUGCAUCAUUGGAGCCGAACUAUCAGCCUCCAGUGACAUUUGUUGUGGUUCAGAAACGUCAUCACACCAGACUAUUUGCAAACGAUCACCGUGAUCGUAAUUCUAUAGACAGGAGUGGAAAUAUACUGCCAGGCACUGUUGUCGAUUCUAAGAUCUGUCAUCCUACGGAAUUUGACUUUUAUUUGUGCAGCCAUGCUGGCAUUCAGGGGACAAGCCGUCCUGCUCACUAUCAUGUGUUGUGGGAUGAGAACAAGUUUACAGCCGAUGCCCUGCAAUCCCUCACAAACAACCUCUGCUACACAUAUGCAAGGUGCACACGCUCUGUAUCCAUUGUGCCACCGGCAUAUUAUGCUCAUCUGGCUGCUUUUAGAGCACGGUUUUACAUGGAACCUGAUACAUCUGACAGUGGGUCAAUGAUUAGCGGCGCUGCCGGUCGCGGAAUGGGAAUGGGCAUGGGUGGUAGAAGCACACGUGUGCCAGCAAAUGCAGCGGUUAGACCUCUACCUGCCCUCAAGGAGAAUGUGAAACGGGUUAUGUUCUAUUGCUAGAAUCAUUCUCGUAAGUUGGUUUGUUUUGUUACUCGUGUGAUGGAAUUUUAAGGCUAAACUGGUAAGUGUCGUUUUUCUUGCUACUUUAAAACAAACGAGAGGAUCUGUGGUUGGUUUGUUGCUACUUGAAUUUGCUUACUCUACUGCUGGCUGGUAACUCUUUGGUAACAACUUUUAAAAUGCCUUUGUUUUGUUGCUUCC